AUGGGCGACAUGAAAGACAAGGUUAAAGGGUUCAUGAAAAAAGUGAACAACCCUUUCUCCUCUUCAUCAUCUGGCAAAUUCAAGGGCCAAGGUAGAGUCCUCGGGUCAUCUUCUACACCCGCCAAUUCCAAUCCCACCCCUCGCCCCAUUCCUUCGCUCAGCCCUAAUUCUAAACCCUCUUCAACCAAUCCCAAACCCUCGUUCCACAAUACGGAGUCCACUAGAAGCACUGAGAAGCCUCGCAAAGAUGGUGAUGGGUUUGACCCGUUUGAUUCUUUGGUCACUAAUUCCAACAGAUCGCAAAACGGGUAUUCGCUGAACGUCUAUGAAUGCCCCGUUUGUAAACAAGCCUUCGGAUCCGAAGAAGCUGUGUCUGAACACGUGGAUGAUUGUUUGAGUAACCUUGUUGAGCGUGAGCCUAUAGUCGAUGAUGGAAGCGGGGUUUCAGAGAGUGAAGUUGGGUCUAACACUAAUGAUGAAUUGGAGGUUUGUGUUGGGACUUACGUUUCAGGGAAUCCAUCUGAGGGAUCGGUUGAUAUUGUUCUCAAACUGUUGAGGAAUAUUGGUAGAGAACCUGAAAAUGUGAAGUUUAGGAGGAUCAGGAUGAAUAAUCCCAAGAUAAAAGAGGCUGUUGGUGAUGUUGCUGGGGGAGUUGAGUUACUCAGUUUUCUCGGGUUUGAACUCAGGGAGGAGAAUGGAGAGACAUGGGCAGUGAUGGAGGUUCCAAGAGAGGAGCAGAUAAAAUACAUCAAGAAGGCAAUUGGGUUACUGGAAUCACAACUUGUACCACAAGAACCUCCAAAGAGAGAGGAUUCGGCAUCUACAAAUUCUGCGCAGACGGGUGCGAAGGCCGAGCCAAAACCAGUCGACAGAGAGGUGAAGGUCUUCUUUGCUGUCCCUGAAAGUGUUGCAGCUAAAAUUGAGCUACCAGAUUCUUUCUAUAGCCUUUCAGCUGAAGAGGUGAGAAGAGAAGCUGAGUUAAGGAAAAAAAAGAUUGCAGAUUCUCAGCUUUUAAUCCCUAAGUCACUUAAAGAAAAGCAAGCAAAAGCUUCCAGGAGGAGAUACACAAAAACUAUUAUUAGGAUUCAAUUUCCCGAUGGAGUUGUACUUCAAGCUGUAUUUGCUCCAUGGGAACCAACCACUGCUCUCUAUGAGUUUGUCAGCUCAGCACUAAAAGAACCAGGUUUGGAAUUUGAGCUAAUGCAUCCUGUAGUUGUCCAACGGCGUGUGAUCCCUCAUUUUCCAAAACCAGGUGAAACUGCUAAAACAAUAGAGGAAGAGGACCUGGUACCUUCAGCUCUAAUUAAGUUCAAGCCCUUGGAAACUGAUUCUAUUGUUUUCACCGGUCUCAAAAAUGAAUUGCUUGAAAUCAGUGAACCACUUGUAAAUCGUUAA